AUGGUGGAUCCAGUAAUUUCUUCCUCUACGAACAGACCUAUAUUCUUCAUAGAUUUGUCUGGACAAAACUCAAAUCCUAUGAUUCCUGAUUCGUUUAUUUCAAAUCACUUUAAAGGUAACUUUCAGUCUACGAAACUGAAACUGACUUCAGACGCUUCGGACAGAGCUUGGGAAGUGGAACUGGACGGCCAGAGAUUCGCUGAUGGAUGGAAAGGUUUCUCAAUCUCUCACUCUGUUCGAGACGACGACGUUUUGAGUUUCAGACACGACGGUGACAUGGUCUUCCACGUCACACCUGUCGGACGCAAUGAUUAUGACAAUUUAACAUCGGACGAGGACUUGCCUCCAAAGAAAACUUCGUCCAAGAAGAGAGCAAGAAUAGAUACAGAUUCUUCAUCAGAUAAAUCUUGCCUUGAUAUACGCGUUACCUCUUCGAGCCUACGCCGAAAUCAUAUGUGUCUUGUAAACAAAUUUGUUAGGUCAAAUGGUUUGACCAACAGAUGUGGUGAGAUUGAUCUCAAGAAUGAAGAUGGAAAAUCUUGGACUCUAGGUCUUAGACACAACAAAACAACUGGUCAGGUCUUUAUCAACGGAGGAGGCUGGAGUCGUUUCUGCAACGAAAAUGGGCUUCAAGCCGGAUCUUCCCGUAGAUUUAAACUUGUCGAAAACGGAACAAAACCCGUGUUACAGUUGUGUCCCAACAUCUCUAAUGGAAACUCUUCCCAAGCAAACAAAAAUCUGAAUGUUUCUGGAACUGAAGGUAAUGAUGAGGUUGAAUAUGAGGAUCGCUUUGAGUCUGCUUCGAUGAACCAGAACAGGAUUCUGACAUUUGAUCUUAAACAAUACAUGAUAAGGUCAAGUCAACUUCGUCUUCCCGCGUCCCUCACAAGAGAGCAUGGGAUCACAGAAGCAGGAGAGAUCACUGUAACGGACAAAGACGGUGUAGAGUGGAAGUUGCAUCUAGUUAACAUUAAGGGACGAGGAGAGUUGUUUUACAUUAGAGGUUUGAAAGGUUUCUUUUUAGCUAAUGGAAUAACGAAACUUGGUGAUUCCUUCACAUUGGAGGUUAUACGAGGAGGAACAAGUCCUAUUGUUAAAAUAUGCUCCAAGGUGAAGGAAACACCACCUAUUGAUGGUUAUAAGACUCCAGAGACGAAUGCCAGAACGACGGUUCAAGAACCAUCACGGGCUGAAAAAUAUAUCGAGAAUCCGGUCCAAAAGAGAGCUCGAGUUUCGGCAGAUGGAAGAGAACCAUCUCGUGUCACCAGGGAAUCAAACAAAUCAAGUGCUGAUCUAGAAAACUUGCAGCUCAAGCAACCUCUUCAACCUUGUUCAAUCUCUGAUCAAGUGACUAAGGUGAAACAGAGUAUUAUAGACACUUUAACAUGUGUAAGACUGUUCCGGUCCGAGCUCCAGAUCAAGGAACAGAAUCUAGAAGUUUCGCUGCUGGAAAUUGAUGCGUUAGGGGAAAAGAUCGUGGGAAUUGGGAAAUUCUUCAACAUGAAUCAAGUUUAA